AAACUGAAAGCGAGAAACAAUAUGCCAAUAACAAGAUGUUGGUUAUGUCAAGUCUGGAAUUAUCAUUUACCUAUUAGAAGUUAAACGAAACAAACGUUGUGUGGAAGCUGCAAAAAAAAUAAGAUGAUUCAACGCAAUUCUAAAAGAAAGAAAUUGCUUAAUUUAUAGUGAAAGCACAUUCGAUUAAAAAAAUAUCGAAUGUUCUUACAACACAAUAGGAAACGAUGUGCGUAUAACAAUCUAACUAAGGGUAAAAAUUCACGAUAUUAUAAGUAUCUUGAAUUUAAAUCAUAUAGGUAUCUGGAAACACAUACUUAUAAUAGUUUAAAGUGAGUAAGUUAUUGAUGUACAUGUGUAAAACAACAAACGCUUCUAUCAUCUUUUUGUAAUCUUGGAGAUAACUACAUGUGCAAAAUAGCCACAGGGUGUAUAUACGUUUUGUUUACUUCAGUGAACCAUUAGGUAUCUUCUCUAAAAGUUCAGGGCAACAACAGCUUAGUCAAGCUGAGUUAGAACCUGCCGAUGUUUAAUAGCCCGAAUAUUUAAAAAGUUGAAGAUUGUCUCAAAGCAAAAGCCAAUACCCAAUAUCGCUGUUCUUAUCAGGAGAAUGAAUUAGAGCUAGCAGUUUAUACCUGUUCUAUCUAACUAUAAAAGAUAAAGAAAAGUGAACAGACGAUGGGUUUUUUAUGGAACUUGGAACUGGCUUAAGGAAUGAGUUGAAUCAAUUCAAUCUUUUUGCAAUAAAAAUUAAGACAAUUCUAGGUGAAAGCUUGUUCGCCAACAAAGAGAACUAUUAAUUGCGCACUCUCAUUCAAGGGAGCAGUUUGAUUCAGUUAAAAAGGAUAGACGUUGUAGAGUUCGGAAUGUAAAGAUUUCAUAUUACGCCUUUAUAAACUUGUUUAUUUACCCGGGUAUAUUUUUUUAAUAAUGCAAAUUUUUAGUUUAGCUUAACAUUGCUAACGGAGAAAUGUUUUCUAUAAAAAACUUGACCAGAAUCGUAAACCAAAACAGAGAAUUAUUUUGACUUUUUUUUCAGCUCUGUUCACGAACAAAAAGCAGCCACGUUAUUACAAUUAGGCUGAUUUUUUUUCCUGUUUCCAGCUAAAGCGUUUAAUAAGUAGCCGCUUUUCGGGGUUAAUUCUUCUUAUAAUGUCUGCUGGAUUUUUUAAGGGCACUAGCCUAGAUCAAGACUCUCGUUUUCAAAAGAAUCAUGCAAAACGGAAAAGCACGAUCAAGUUCCCAGCAAUCUUCGAUACCAAGGUUGAUAUGAAACGAGUAAAUAGGGAAGCUUUUAAACAAUGGACAGCUAAAAUGAUUACCGAAUUAUUUGACGGCUUAGAAGAUGAGUUGUUAAUUAAUUACGUUAACGCCUUUCUUGAUUUGGACGAGAUUGACCCGAGAGAGAUGCAAUUAAGCGUUAGCGAUAUGUUAGAAAAAGACACAUCAGCAUUUAUGAAAGAACUGUGGACAAUGCUGGUUGAUGCUCAAACGAGCACGGCUGGUAUUCCUAAGGCGCUCAUUGAUUCUACCCAAGGAAAAAUUGAAGCUCGAAUAAAUGAAGUUACAAAAGUGCUCGAAACAGCCAAAAAUACUGUGCAGGUGUUGCGACAGUCUUCUAAGACAACUGGCAUCAAUAGUGGUGCAGCUAAAGAAGCAGCUAUAAAUGAUGCGCCCAGUGGUACGACUGCUGAUAUGUCCCCUUCGGUUUUAUCGAAUACUAAGGAAGCAUCUCGAUUGGCCAAUGAGCCUCGAAAAAAUUCGUACAGAAAAAACAGAGACGAAGAACAUGAAGCGACGAAAAAAUAUCACGGAACACGUAGAAGCCGAGACUAUCGUUACUUGAGAGACAGCCUAUCAAAUAGUGAGUCUAGUCGAGAUUCUAGUGUUGAUUACCACUAUAAUCACUAUUCACGUAGGUCACGUAGAAGGCAUGAGGAAUCAUACAAUUCUAGGGGUCGAAGUCGAGACCGAAGUCGAGGCAGAAGUCGAGGCAGAAGCCUGAGCAGAAGUUACGACAGAUUUGGAAGAGACUUCAGGCGUCGAUCCAGCAUAGAGUGCUCCGGCCAUUUCAAAUACAGUGACGACUCCGACUAUUCUAAGAGGCGCUGCUAUCGUUCGCGAAGUCCAAAAUAUCGAAGCCCAACCUAUCAUAGCAAGCGAAGAAAGACCAGAUAUUACAGAAGCGAUGAAGUCGAUGACGGCAGUUAUUGAAACCUUGUCAGAAAGUGGUGAGAAAAACGUCCAUCUCUCAAGAAAAAUAUCAGAAAAUGCUUUUGAACAGAUCCUCGAUAUAAAAAACCCAAGAAUAGAGGGCCUGAAAAAAAAGCCAAGUACAAAAGAAGCAGCUCAAAUUCGACAAAUAUUAUAUUAAUUCAUACGCUACAUAUGUUAUGGAGAUAAAAAAAAGGAGGAAAGGAAAUCUACGAAGGAAAAAAUAUCAUUAUCAAAUUUCUCAAAGCUCGCUCAAGAUCCGUGGCAGUCUGGCAUAAAAAUCGCUUAUACCCCAAAACAAUGGGACAUCCUUUGGGUCAAAAUUAAAAUUUUGUUUUCCAGGGACAGGCGUUAAGCACCCUCUAUUAUCACUUAUUUGGUGAAGCCGUUAAGACGACUUAUUUACUAAUACACCAAAUUCGGCUAGAAGCGUAACGUGAUCGGACCAUUGCAUACCAUUUGUAAAUAUGUUGAUAAAAGGAAGAUUACGCCUUGAAUUAGUCGGAAGCUAUGCAAGCUUUGACAUGAUCAAAAAUCAGGUUGUACAAAGAUUGAUGGAAUGAAAUAAUGAAUGCGAAUUUAUAAAAGGUUGAAACGUAAUCCAACAUUCAACACUAAAUAGAGGUGAGAUUACUAUAAGGUCUACCCUCUUCACAGAGGAUUUUUGAUUAGUCAGUCUUAAUCAAAUAAUCGAUAAUCCCUAUAGAAACUAACCAAGUUGGAAAGAAGCCCUUCAAUAAAACCAAAAAGCAGUAUUCGAGAUUUAUUGAGGUGAAUUUGUUUACCCUGGCUUGUUUGUGAUGAGGACAUAUUUUCUUGAGUACUUCUUGAGAAGGGGUCCUAAAGACAGCGCUAUCUGAGUUUUUAGAAAAACCCUGUUUUUCACGAAAUUUCCAAGAUUACCAAGUUCUUGAAGGUAUAUUACAUCUAUCUAGUAAGGUUGAAGAUCCAGUGAAAUACCGGUAUAACAUGUGCACGAUUUG